CCCUUCAGAUUUCAGAAGAAACAAUUAUGGUUCCGGAAGUACUAGAGAAAGCUAGAGUGAUGGAGUUACAAGUCCGUAUGGACUGUAAUGGUUGUGUUCAGAAAAUCAAGAAGGCGAUGCACAACAUUGAUGGUGUGUAUGAUGUAUAUAUUGAUUUUCCACAGCAGAAGUUGACAGUGGUGGGAAGAGCAGACCCUGAGAAAAUACUAAAAGCAAUCAAGAAAACAAGAAAGAUAGCCACAAUUUGCUCCCACACUGAACCACCUGCAGAACCAGCACCACCAAACCCAGAGAAUGAACCAGCUCCGGCCGAACCUGCUCCACCUCCGGCAGAGCCAGAGCCUCCGAAAGAAGCUCCUCCGGCAGCACCGGCCGAAGAGAAGAAAGAAGAAGUUAAACCUUCAGCAGAAGCUGAAGCAACCUCAGCUGAACCUAAAGAUGUAGAAGAGGUUCAUAUGGUGCAUUAUUAUCCACAGAAUGGUCCAUACUAUGUGAGUCAUGGAUACAACAGUACUUAUAGAGCACCAGUUUAUGUAUCAGGGUAUGGAUUUGGAAGACCAGUGGGAAGAGAUUUCAUCAGAGUAAUGAGUGGAAGUGAAGCUUAUGCUGCUGCUGCUGCUGAUGAUCAUUAUUAUUAUGCUAGGAAUUACCACAGUGGUGAUCAUGGAAACAAUAUUACUUCUGUUUUCAGUGAUGAGAAUCCUAAUGCUUGUGCAAUAGUUUAAUUAGGCAAGAGAUUAAUUAUUAAUUAAGGUGUAAGAAUGGUAAAAGGAAGUUGUGAUGCAUGGUGAAGUGUUGUAGAUUUAUGAGAGUGGUGAUAUAUAUAUAUAUAUAUAUAUAUAUGGUUUUGUG